AUGUUAAGACAAGCUUCCUCAAGAAUACUUGUACCUGCAAUAAGGUCCUAUCGACCUUUAUCGACAUCCACACCAGCUCUGAUCAAAAUCAAAUCCUCGAAACCUAAACCUUCACCUGCACCUUCAGCCUCCGGAUCAUCAGCAUCACAACCUUCGCCUGCUGAAAGACCCCCUACUGUACCUGACGAAAUUACUUCACCACCACCAUUCGAACCUACGACUUCAUCUCCCGUUGGAAAACCAACUUCAACACCUACCGAACCACCUUCUACCCCUUCUGCACCACUAUAUGGAUCGACGACUCAGGCUCAAUCUCAAGGUAUCCCCGAAGUACCCUUGACGCCUCCAGAACCUUCGUCUACGACUUCACCUAUGACUGGGAAACAAGUCGAGGUCGAACCGGAAAUCGAAGUCCCAACUGAUUACACCAAAAUCAAACUUCCUUCUUUAGAUAUCGAUCCUGAAGCUCAAGCUGCAAUUGCUCAGCCUGAAUCUGAAUCCAAAGAUCAAGAAGAUAAGAAGAGAACCGGAGCAGGAAGGAAGGAAUACGUAAGCUCUAUGGAAAGGAGAAGAAAGAUGUGGAUCAGAUAUGGUACCGGUGCUUUGCUGAUCGGUGGUGUCGCCGCUAUUUAUGCUCAAGAAUCAAGUGAAGAACAAGUCGCUAAUCAAGAAGGUCCAGUGACUAGAUUCAAGAAUAACAUGUCUGAGCUUCUUGAUUACUUCAACAAACCUGCAUUCAAGACUCUUCUUCCCGAUCCUUUACCACCUCCCCAUCAAAGACCUUACACCCUUGUUAUUGAUUUAGAAGGGUUAUUGGUUCAUUCAUCCUGGGAUAGAACAUCCGGAUGGAGGACCGCUAAACGACCGGGAGUUGAUUACUUCCUAGGAUAUUUAUCUCAAUUCUAUGAGAUUGUUCUAUUCACGAAUCAACCUCUAUAUACUGCCGCUCCUGUAGCUGAGAAACUUGAUCCAUAUCAAGCUUUCUUACCUUAUCGAUUAUUCAGAGAAGCUACAAGAUAUGUCAAUGGCAAAGUAGUAAAAGAUCUCUCAUAUCUGAAUCGAGAUCUUUCCAAAGUCGUCAUGCUCGAUACAAUUUCUGAACAUGCCGAAUUACAACCUGAAAACUCUAUUAUUAUCAAACCUUGGAAUGGUGAACCACGAGACAAAGGUUUAGUAGAGAUGAUCCCCUUCUUGGAAUCAAUCGGUAUAUUCAAUCCUGCGGAUGUCAGACCAAUCCUCAAAGCUUACGAAGGAAAAGACAUACCCGUGGAAUAUGCCAAGAAAGAAGCGGAGGCGAAACAAAAAGCUAUAGAGGAAUGGGAACGAGUACAUCCCUCUGCUGUCGCUGGGGCAGGAAGUGGUUGGUUGAGUAGUAUGUUUGGAAGUGUGGCUGCUCCUGGUCAAACUAGACCAAAUCAACCUAUGACAUAUCUUGAACAGAAACGUGCUCAGGCUCAGAAAAUAUAUCAAGAAGAACAGAAAUAUUGGGCUGAACAUGCUGAUGAGUUCAAACAAUUGAUCGAGGAAGAUAAACAAAGACAAUUAGCAGAGAUGAAGGGGUCUUUGCUAGGAAUGUUAGCUGGUCCAAAACCACAAGAAGCUCCUCCUCAACAGAAGUAA